AUGUACAAGAUUAAAUGCAAAGUGAUGAAGGAACGAAUGAGGCUCAACGAGUUUUUUAAGGAUUACGACAAGCUUCGCACUGGCAGAAUAUUAAAGACGCUCUUCCCAAGAGCCAUGGAUCUUUCUUCCCUCAAGCUCACGAAAGUUGAGGUGGAACAGCUUAUGGAGAGGUGGGUUACGAGAGAGCAUAAGGGAAAGUGACCUCCUUUUGUUUUAUUUGUUUGUUUGUUUGUUUUUUGUCAAUGACCGGUGCAAUGGAAACAAGAGUUUUUAUUCGUAAAUCUUGUAGUUAUACCUUAAGUUUGAUUACCGAUUACCUUAAAUUCUCUAUAAAGCCCUCCCUCUCAAAUAAGGCCCCCCUCUUCAGGGAAAGAAAAUUCUCCAGUAAAUUUGCAUAGAUGCUGCUCACGUGAGUGAAAACGCUCCAUAGGAAGUUAUUCCGUAAAUCAAUCAGAAGUUCAACGCAAAUACAUUUUACGACCACGUAACGAGUACAGGAGACCUAGUUUAAACUAACCAAGACAGUGGACGUGUCGGCUUAUAAAGGACGAAAUAAGGGUAUUAAAACUUUUCAAACGAAAUUCAAUAUUAACCGUUACUGUUCACGCUCUCUUUUUCAGAUAUACCGCAUUUGGCUAUCCAGACUACGUAAACUAUACAGCAUUUGUGGAAGAGAUCGAGUCUAUUUUCACCUUAAAUAGUACGUAA